AUGACUCAGAACGGAAAGCACUCAGUGCCCAUGGAACGCACAAAGUCGAGUUCCAAGAGGCUAGACUCGGACAGAAUCAACGAACUCGACGACAGACGAAUUGUAGAUGUGAAGCCAUUGAUUCCACCUCAGCUACUGAUGGAGGACUAUCCCUUGUCUAGUGCUGCUAUUGACACUGUACGAAAGGGAAGGGAGGAUGCUGAAAACAUCAUCAAGGGUGUUGAUGACCGUUUGUUGGUGAUUGUUGGUCCAUGCUCCAUCCAUGAUGUGAAGGCUGCCAAAGAAUACAGCAAGCUCUUGUUGGACUAUGCUGCCAAAUCUGCUGAAGACUUGCAUAUCAUUAUGCGUGUAUAUUUUGAAAAGCCUCGAACUACUGUUGGCUGGAAGGGCCUCAUCAAUGAUCCAAAUUUGGACGACACAUAUUCGAUCAACAAGGGUUUGAAGAUCGCCCGUGGUCUGCUUCUGGAACUAAACGAAAGCGGUAUGCCAACAGGCUGUGAGUUCCUCGACACACUCACCCCACAGUAUAUCGGAGAUCUGGUUUCCUGGGGUGCCAUCGGAGCACGCACUACCGAAUCCCAAGUCCAUCGAGAACUCGCUUCGGGGCUGUCAGUCCCUGUAGGCUUCAAAAACGGCACAGACGGCAACAUUGGCAUCGCCAUUGAUGCCAUCAGAGCUGCAAGUGUUGGGCAUCACUUUCUAUCGGUUACGAAACAGGGUGUAUCUGCUAUCGUUGCUACAGAUGGAAACGAUUCGUGUCAUGUUAUAUUGAGGGGCGGUAAUGGUGGACCUAAUUACUCGGCUGAGCACGUAAGGGCGACGACUGCACAGUUGGAGAAGGCUGCUAUACGACCUGCUGUUAUGAUUGAUUGCUCGCAUGGAAACUCGAGCAAGAUGCACAAGAAUCAGAUUGUGUGUGCAAAGGAUAUAUCGGAUCAGUUGGCUAGUCGUGGUGAUGAGUCUACUGCUAAUGCUAUCUUUGGUGUUAUGAUUGAGUCUCAUUUGAAGGAAGGGCGUCAGAACUUGACCAAGGAUGGGCCUUCUGCUCUGACAUAUGGUCAAUCCAUCACUGAUGCAUGCAUACAUUGGGAAGAUACAGUCAAAGUUUUGGACAAUUUGAGGGAAGGUAUUCAAGCCCGACGAAAAAAUCAACCAAAAAAGAGGAAGUUCUAA